AUGGGACCGGGCAUGAAAGACUGCCCCUUAUUUCUGCCCAGAGGGACACAGAAAAAGGAAAACCAGACUUAUGAAACACGCCAGAGAAUGGUAACUUCUAACGGUGGAACAUCUUUUCCAAAUAUAAAAGGAAUAAAGAAACCAUUUCCUCAGCUGACACCAUCUUCAAGCAGAUUGAGUAAGAAUAUCUCCAGCACUACAGAAAAGACAUCGCAUAGCAACCUAGAUGAUGUUCAGUCACGGAUUUUUUACAAGAAAGGGAAUAGGAUGAAUGAGUCUUCUCAGAAAAACAGCAGUACGAAUGUUGGCCCACCUCCGAAUAGAGCAAAGGGUUCAAAGAAGAAGGAUCCCUUAGAAAAGAAGCCAAGUAAAUCUCAGUUACCCCUCAUUCCUUUCCAGUUGAAAAACAGUAUUAUAGAUAUCUCCCAAAGGACUGAGGAUGAACUUAAAGCAAGUAGUUAUAUGGAAGGAGAACCUAAAAGGAAUAUUCCAGGAUCUGUUGCUGAAGCACUUCCACUUGGUUCCAGAUUUCCAGAGCCUUCAGCAGGCAAAUUAUUUCUUGAUUUUCAGUCCUUGAAUAUUAUUAAAGAAAAUGCUGAUGAGGACAGUGCAAGUGAUCUUUCUGAUUCUGAAAGAAUUCCUAUUCCACCUUCUCCCUUUACACCACCAGAACUUAAUCUUAGGGCUGAAGAAAUUGAUCCAGUUUGUUUUGAUCCUCAUACUGAUCAAGGCUCUGAGCAAGCUGAAUAUUACUAUCCUGACUUCCUUCCACCCCCUUUUAACUCUUGGGAUUUAAAUAAUAUGAUUUCAAUGACAAGCUCAGAGUGCAAAAAUGAGCUCAUCCCACAGACAAUAGAGUCCCUUGGGAAGUAUAUUGAUAGACUUGUUCAACUAGAGUGGCUGCAAAUGCAAACUGUACAAAAUGAAAAGAUAAAACUAGUCAAAUCAAGACCUCAGACUGCUCCUGGUACCAUAUGGACUGCAAAGAGCCCUGGAAAAAGCAAGCUGUUUCCAAAUACUUUCUCUAGUAAGGUGUUAACCCAUCCUGAAGGGUUUACAAAGUUUCCCCCUGGCCUGCCAGUUCAUCUUCGAAAGAGAGAAGUUCAUUGCGAAGAAGCCCACCCAUCAUAUUAUGUUUUCCAGAGUUCUUCUAAAACUGUUGAUGCAGUUAGUAGCAGGUCUUGUCCCCCAAAGCAAAACUAUGAAAUGAGAAUGAAGGAAAAGAAGAAGAAAUCAAAUGAAGGUGCCAAGCAGCAACUUGUGGAUUUGCCAAGCAGUGACAGUAGCUCCAAGCUUCAGGCUAGUGGUAACAUUAGAAUUCCCAAACAACCACAGAUGCUUCUUUCUCCAGUUGAGCAUCUUAAGCCCCUCAAAGCAUCCAUACGUCCAAAUCCUAAGAGAAAUGGAAAUGCAAAUAACUAUGGACCUGCCAAUAAAGCCACAGCAGGGAGAGAGCUCAAAACAAAUGGAGGGAAGCAAGCUUCCUAUAUAUUCAAAUAAUUUUCUUUCAAAUAGAUAACAAUUAAAUUUUAAAGAUUAUC